AUGACGAGAUCGGCUCCUUUGCGAAGCAAGCUUGGUGUGUUGGGUCGCGAGGCGUGGUGGUCAGCAGAUGGGGGACACGAGGACAACGAUACGAUACGGGAGAACACGCAAGUCGAUUCGAUGAAUUGCCGGUUUGGGACACAGACACCGAUCGAUGACGAUUUUGGGGUGGCCGAUGUGGACUUGGCGGUUGGGGGCGUUGGCGGGUUGCGAUUGGCGAUUUGCCGCCAUGGACGAUUGCGGCUUACGGCUGUGCGCGGCGCAAUCAAAAACCCAACGCCCCCAAUCAGACAAAUCAGAACAGGGGAUGCGCACGGACGGACGUUUCUGGACCCCCUACCAAAGCGACAAAAUCGACAAAAUCGACGUCAAGGCAAGACCAUUCGAGCGCAUCGUUUUCGGCUCUCCUUUCCCUCUUCGACAAGACAACGCACGACCACGGGAUCCAGCUCAAGCCUGUGGGCGGUGGACAGUAUCACGACGUACAAAAGGGACCGGGGUCCAUAG